CGCGCAGAUCCACUUCCGGGAGAGGCAGACAUGGCGCUGUGGCUGAUGCGCGCGUGCACGCUGCUGGUGCGGCUCGUGACGCUGCCGCUGGCGCUCGCGGACGCGCUCGGGCUGCUCGGGUUCUAUAAGCGCGUGUUUCCGGUGCUGAUGAGCCGCAUCUCUCCGGCCUACAACGCCAAGCUGAGGGAGCAGAAGCUCGAGCUGUUCCGCGGCCUGGCCCGGUUCGCCCCGCCUGGCGGGCCCCUGCGCGUGCUGGAGAUCGGCUGCGGGACCGGGACCAACUUCGAGUUUUAUCCCGCGGGCUGCAGAGUGACGUGUACCGACCCGAACCCGCACUUCCAGAGGUUCCUGCAGGAGAGCAUGCGGCAGAGCGAGCACCUGCAGUACGAGAGGUUCGUGGUGGCGCCGGCGGAGGACCUGCGGGAGGUACCGGACCGCUCCGUGGACGUGGUGGUGUGCACACUGGUGCUGUGUUCCGUCAAGAACCCGGGCCUGGUUCUGCAGGAGACCAGGAGGAUCCUCAGAGAGGGUGGAGCGUUUUUCUUUCUGGAACACGUGGUGGAUGCAGAGGAAUCAAGCUGGACCUACUUUUUUCAGCACAUUAUUCAGCCUUUCUGGUACUAUUGCGGUGACGGCUGUGAGGCGACCCGCGCGACCUGGACGGACGUGGAGCGGGCCGGCUUCUCCGAGGUGCAGCUCCGCCACAUCCAGGCUCCGGUGUCACUGAUCAUUAAACCACACAUCAUCGGUUAUGCUGUGAAAUAAAUCCCUCUCUCACAUACGCACACACACACACACACACUCACACACAAGGUUAAACCCACUGUGUGUGUGUUUAAACACUAAUCAACACAUUUCAGAUUGAGCUUAUAAACUGUGACCCACACCAGACAACACACCUGUCAGCUUCUCAGCUUAAAGACCAGCUCAGGCUCCGCCCACUUUACUGACGUUGACCAAUUACAGUAGUGAGUCAGACUUAUUGCACGUUCUGAGAACUUUAUUAUUUUCUUUUAGUAAUUUCAAAUCUAUAUUUUUUAACACAAUUUUUUAAAUAUGUAUUAAAAAGAAUCGUGUCAUACAAAAAGAGUCGUGUUUAAAAGAGUCACACACGAGUCGUGUGUGUGUGUUUUGUGAAAUCACAUAUAAGGAUAAAUCAUCUCUGAUGUACUUGAGUGAUUAUUAAAGAGCCUCACUGCC